AUGGCCCCGGUGCCUUCUGGUUUUGUUCUAAUCGCCAUCUCACCGCUGGAAGACAGCCUCGAUGUUCAAAUGCUGCACGAGACCCUUGUUCCGUUUGGCGGUGCCGUUGUGGCUGAGCCGGAGGUAGAUCUCCAGCCGCAUGAAGUACUUGCUAGGAUUCCAGCAGGUAGCAAUCCCGCUGUGUUGCCCGAGUACUCGAUUCGGAGCAUUGAUGUCCCAUGCCGGAACAUCAAUGAUACCUCUACAUGUAGUUCACGAGAAGAGCCUGGUACAAGUGCUCUAGUUGAAGUUGAUGCGCAGGGUAACACGUUAGUGGUGGAAUCACCGGAUUCUGUAACUCCGACGCAUUACAAUGACAUCAAUGCGAUAUUUCCUGAGAAAGACCAGGUCGAAAGCCGUAUAUCAUCUAUCGAAAUGAAGCAUUCGUCACCAAAACCCGUCGAUGUGGAUGCGAAGAUGUCUCACGUCGAACCCGUAAACCACGAGCCCGUAGCUGAAGUCGCAACGAGUCCAACGGCUACAAUAGUCCCGUCACAGGUUGAGACAGCAAAUGUGGUUCCCAAAUGGAUUCCUGCAGUGAGUGGGUGCUUUCAGAUAUCUGAUUUGUGCAGUUGGAGCUUGAGCUGCAACGCGUCAACCGUCUAA